UAUGUGGAAUUUUUAAAUUUCGCGAGCUGUACAAGUCUAAUUGUCACAAUUUUUUGUUUUUGUGUUGGUACACUUGUCCCUGACGUAUCUUGACAUUGGUAGCCAUAUUGGAUGCUUACUUUAUUGUUGGCUGUCGAAAAGGUUACACAUAUUUUGGUAUGCUCGGUGAUUUUUAACUCGUGGAAAAAAUGGAACAAAGAAUUUGCAUUAAAUUUUGCUUUAAGAAUGGAAUAAAGUGCAGCACCGCAUUGGAAAUGUUGAAUGAUGCUUUUGGCGAAUCUUCUAUGAAUAAAACAAGCGUUUACAAGUGGCACAAACUUUUCCAAGAAGGCCGUGAAGACGUUGAAGAUGACGAGCGCCCUGGACGCCUCAGCACAUCAACAAUCGAUGACAACGUCGAAAAAGUGAAGAAAAUGAUUAUGGGCAAUCGCCGAAUUACUAUCAGAGAGAUUGCUAAUGAUGUUAACAUAUCAUUUAGCUCAUGCCAAGCAAUUUUUUCGGAUGUUUUGUGUAUGAAACGUGUGGCAACAAAAUUUGUUCCGAAAUUGUUGAAUAUUGUUAGUGAAUUUUUGGCCAAAAACAACACUGUUAUGAUGUCUCAACCUCCGUAUUCGCCAGACAUGGCCCUCUGUGAGUUCUUCCUAUUCCCGAAGCUGAAAAGAACCAUAAAAGGACGACGUUUUGCUAACAUUGAAGAGAUAAAAACAGAAUAGCUGAAGAAGCUAAACGCUAUAUCGGAAAUUGCGUUCCAGAAGUGCUUCGAAGAUUGGAAAAAGCGUUGGCACAAAUGUAUUAUAUCUGAUGGGGAGUACUUUGA